AAAUCAACAUGUCAUCUUUUACUUCCUCCGAGCAGAUUGGGAGGAAAAAAAACAUAAUCCUUGAAACUCUGCCUCCAAUUUUCCUGCUCCAGUGGAGAACAUGAAUGGUGAGGCCCAUUCAUUGAAGACAAUCUGCAGAAUCAUAACAGUGCUCUCCUGUCUGCAGGCGCCACCACAAACAUAUGUUAACUUUCUCUACAGUUUGAACACUGUAAUUGACAAAAGUAGUGAGUACCUGAAGUAGGCAGGAACAGAGACAGAAAUAUGAAAAACAUGUUUAAGGAGCAUGAUUGUGGACAAAUAACAGGGUUUGUCAUACAUUUUACAUGUUGAAACAUACAGUGAAUAAUAAGACGAAAACAUGCUGCAAUUUAAGAGUUCGAUUUUAAACUUGAACUAAGCUGCAUAGUUUUAUAUAAGAAGAAAUACACCACUAAUUACAGCGUUUAGCCUGGUUCGUUAUAAUUCUCUAUACAGUAACCCCCCACACUAUAACCUCCACACAAUAAACAGCAAGCCAGACUUCAAGUGGUAGUCCUAAUGAUAAGGCAUGCCACAGUAAGGCAAAACAAGGCUGUUAAAAAGCAGAUGUCUGCACCGGUGCACAGAUGGGAUUGAUAUCGACAUGGCUGGAGGUGCUAUGUUGUAAUAUAUUCUUUACAUGCUGAAAAAUGUAUGUCCUCUAAUGAGAGAGUGUGUCUGGGGCAGGGCUGCAGCUACGUAGAAAGGGGGGAUAUUUACUCUAUGCCAACAACAUGUACUACUUAGUCUGAAGAAGACUCAGGCGACGUGAGCAAUGGGGGGAAACAACGUCUCUGAUCAACCAACCGUGAUCAUGUGGACAGUGGUGCUCCUCCUCAUUAUGGGAAUAGUGGAUCUGAGCAUCGGCCAGCAUUACAGCCGGUUCCAAUGGCUGUCACAUCUGCGAGGGCGGUGGCGGCACACUGGCUGGCGGGUUGAGGAUGUGGACUGCCCCCUGGAGUGCGACUGCCCCUCAACCUUCCCCAUAGCUAUGUACUGUCAUGGCCGCAACCUUCGGCAUGUUCCCUACGUCCCCUCACAUAUUAAGUAUGUCUACCUGCAGCACAACCAGAUCACCGGCAUCCAGGACGGGGUGUUUGACAAUGCUACCAACUUGGUCUGGGUUGUGCUGUUUCACAACCAGCUCAACUCAGACAAGAUCGGCAAGAACGUCUUCAGCAAGCUCAAGCACCUGGACCGGCUCCUCUUGGAUCAUAAUGAGCUUAUACGUGUGCCUCCCAACCUGCCCAAGUCCAUCACAGACCUACGACUUGGUCACAACAAGAUCCCAAAAAUCCUCUCCAAGUCAUUCGAGGGGAUGGCCAACCUCACCACCCUUCAGCUCCAAGCAAAUGUCAUAGAGGACGUUGGAGGUGUGUUCAAGGGACUGAAAUCUCUGACUAUGCUGGAUAUGAGGAAAAACAGGCUGAGGAAAAUCCCUGACAACCUCCCAGAGAGGCUGCAGCAGCUCUACCUGGAGUUUAAUAAAAUAGAGAGCGUGCCAGCGGGAUUUCUCACCAUGAAUCCCAAACUGCAGUUUGUCCGGUUGGCUCAUAACACGUUGACAGAUAAAGGACUUCCAUCCAAUGUCUUCAAUGUCAGCACGCUGAUUGAGCUUGACCUUUCUUUCAAUAAACUGGAGAAGAUCCCUGUUGUCAGUCGGAACCUGGAGAACCUUUAUUUGCAAGCCAAUAAGAUCAAAGAGUUCUCCCUGGGCAGUUUCUGCGGUGCAAUCGACAUUGCAAACUUCUCCAGGCUAAGAAUGCUGCGUUUGGAUGCCAAUGAGAUCAGUGCCAAAGACAUUCCUGCUGAGGCUGCCUACUGUUUGCGGCUUGUUGCCUUUAUUGAUGUGUAGCGCUUCCUGCUCUCUCUCUCUGUCUCUGCUUUCUCUCAACUCAUCCAGGGUGUUGCUCCAUCUGUUACAAUCAGACCUCUUGUCACCUGUCACUAUAUUUCAAUUAUAGUACAGUCUAUUCCAUCAAAGCAUAUUUGAGACAAUAUAUUGUUAAACUGUUAUGAGAGCUAUUAUUAUUAUUAUUAUUAUUUUUUUUUUCAAAUGAUUAAACAGUUCCAGUAUUAGUCAACGGGAAAUACCAGAGCUGUAUAGUCACGUUUCCAGAUGACAGACAUACGAAUGAGAAAAGCCCAGAUGACUGACAUCCUUUCCACAACCUAAUUGGAUUAUCAGUUCCAGUAUUCUGGCAAAAAUAUAACUCGAAGCAUAAAUACAAUGUAGCGGAUGACAUGUUCUACUUGUGUCAUGUCUGGCAAAGUAUAACCUUUAUAAAACUUCCUGUCUUCAGUGUGAGAUUCAGUUUGGAUCUUUGCCUCCACCAUGUGGCACAAGGUGAUAAAACAGCAGGUUGAGCAGCUAUUUGUCAAGGUCCCUUUAACAUGUGAUCAGUGACAGUAGUGUUUGACUGUGCCGGCCAUCUAUGGAAUACUAUUUGUUGUGUGAUCAAGUUUUUGUGUCUAUAAUGGGUGAAAAACAUGUAUUCCUCCUCAAUUGAGCCUCUGAAUUAUCCAAAGAUAAUCAUAUAUUGGUAUCAAGACUGUGAUAACUGUAUCUAAUAACUGUUUUUGUAAUUUUUUUUACCUGUAGUGUGUGUUUUGGUAACUACAAAACACUCAAUUUUUAAAAUACUUUUUGGGUUGUAAUUUCUGAGCCCAUGUGUAUUGUAAUUAUCUGUGCUUGACAGUCAGUAAGCUAAUGUCAGGAUUUAUAAUAUGAGAAUUGGCACAAUUCAGUUUGUAUCCACUUAGCGGGAAAGCUAUGAAAUAUAUAUUUGUGUGUGAAUCUUUUAUCUUGGAAUCCACCACUUUGAACCUAUUAUUACAUUGGAAAAAAAUCUGUUUCCAGAGUUAUUUGUGCCCCUGACUGUUGACAGUGACAUAUUUUUAGUAGCUACAACAUGUUUUGUUUCCUCUAAUUUGAAGGUAAAAGUGGCAGAGAGAUUGGGUUAAAGAAAAAGGGCGGCAGCCCUCUUGACAACUCUAACUGGUCUUAGGCAGAUCCCACAUAUUUAUUGUUGAAGACAACUUGCCUUUUCGUCUUGCACAGCUGCCUUUAAUCCUCUGCAGUAAGGCACUAAAGUGAAUUACAGAAAUACUUUCCUUGUUUUGUAAUGGAGCAAAGUUUAAGGAUUGAAGAAUGGAUUACUGCCAGUGCAACAGCGGUUUGCGUACUGAUAAGCGGUAGCCUGUGAAAUUAAAUUUGUUAUAAAUAAUGAUAUAUUGCUGGCUGCACACGGUUCUGCAGAGGCUCGGAGGCUGUUUUUUUUCCUCCUCUGUUUCCUACA